AUGUCAGAGUCAUCAACCCGAAUUCCAUGGCAUUCUAUACCUUCCUCCACCGCAACAUGCAAAGUCCAUCUGAUUCAAGCUGGCGGUCUUCACAUCCCUACGGACAUGGUCUUGCUCCCCGGUCCGGAUAAGCCGCAAGAGUCAGAAGACUUCAAUGACGAGAGCAGAAAAAGGAAGACAUUUUAUGCUCCAGACUAUGUGUUCCUCAUCGAACAUGCCGCAACCGGGAAUAAAUACGUUUUCGAUCUAGGCAUGCGAAAAGAUCUUGAAAACCUCCCCCCUCUUAUUGUGGAAGGUACUCUACCGAACUUCAAAUGCGAACCGAAGUCACCGGCAGAGAUACUGCAAGAGCAUGGAUCGGCUGAUCAACAACCUGAGAAAGUCAAGGCAGUCAUUUUUUCGCACAUGCACUUUGACCAUGUUGGCGAUGGGGCUAAGGCUGGAUUCGAAGAGGCAGAGAUGUGGGUUGGACCAACAUGCUGUACAUACGCAAGGCCUGGUUAUCCGACUGAUCCAAAAGCUCCAACGCUGAGUGAGACUUUGCCGGUGGAUGGUAGCCGGAAGAUUGUAGAGAGUUUUGUGCCUGAUGAUAUAUUGAAAGAAGCAGGCGAUAAGAGAGCAGGUCAGGUCAUGGAAGGUAUGGUAAAGGGUAAAUAUGCUGCUGUAGAUCUCAAAAAGCCCGAGUGGAUCGGCAUCGGCGCUUUUGAUCGGGCAUACGAUGUUUUCGGGGAUGGAUCAGCGUAUAUUAUCGACGCUCCAGGACAUUCAUCGGGCCAUCAGAUGAUGCUACUGCGAACGACAUCAGGUUCCAAUGAGAACGAGCACACCUUUGCACUGCUGGCCGGCGACUGUUAUCAUCACCCGGACCUGCUCAAAGAGCCGAAACGUACUGCCAGGCCACCUUAUGCAAAGUCAGGCAUGCACGCCGAUCCAGAACAAGCAGUGAACACGAUGUUGCGCACAAGAGAGUUCGCGCAGAAGGACAACGUAUGGGUUAUUGGAGCUCACGAUAUAAGUGUAGGCGAAGGUAUCAAUCCGGGGGUUAAAGAACUAGAGGGACUUGUAGGAAUCAACAACUGGUUAGAGAAGGGAUGGAAGAAACGAUUGUAG